ACAUCCGCAUGAUCCGCGAUUACCUUGGACGUCUAAACAGCAGAGAGAGUACGUGUGACUUGCAUUACAUGUUUGAUUUUGUUUAAUUUUGCACGUUUUGUUUCAGUCCGCAUGAGACUAACGUUACGACAAUGCCUGCAGUCGUCAAUGGAACUGGUCGCUAACUAUUCAAGCAAACGCCUGAGUUUAACAUCUGUAAGGCCUGCUGCCAGCGCCUCAAAGUCCACCAGGGGAAAUGUCAUACUUUGACACUAUCACUCUGAUCCAAUGAGCUCAUGGGAAAGACUAAACCAACUCAUACAACAAUGAAAGGUGGAUCUCGUAAAACCAGAACAAGGGAAUCUACAAAGACAUCGAGAGAGAAGGUCGCCUCAGACACAGUUUCAUCUCAAGCCACGAAGGAUGCGAACGCUGUGCCAGGCAGUGAUGUUGCCACUGUCUUACCAAGUACUCCAAAAAGAGGCAGGAGACGAAUGGGACAGACGCAAGAAGCACACCUGACCUCCACACCAGUCCGCAGCUCCUCCACAGACAUCCUGUCCAACAUUUCAAAGUCCCCCACCGGAGAGAAACACGUGGAGCUAGAGUACACUGAACUCAUCACUCAGUUAAAGACAUCAGAGGUAGAUUCUCCAUGCUCCCAAUCAAAAUCUCAAAGCAGACGUAAGGGGGCUCAUGCUUCCCAGCCGAGACAAGUUCGGAAAAGGCUGAAAAAGGAGCAAGCACCGACCUGCAGCACAACCAACGGUCCUGCUGCCAAGUGCCGACGAGGCAGGACGCGGAAGGUAGAGCAGGGGGGUUUACCAAAGGACACCACUACUCAGUCAUCCAAACGCUCCAGACCAAGAUUCGAACUGGAGAAGCUUGAUGCAGCAACGCAAGACGACUCCUUGCUGUCGUCAGAUCUAUCAAUAGAGCUGAGUCGCCAUGAGGAACAGCUGCCAUCUUUGUCCUUCCAGGAAGAUGAGGGAAGUGAGGAAGAGGAGGAGGAUGAGCUACCAAGUUUCUUGAUGCAGGUGGACAAAAAGCCCCCGUCCAUCACAGAGGGAGUGUUUGUGUGGCACAAAUUUAGACAUUAUCCAUUUUGGCCGGCAUUGGUGAAAAGUGUGAACCGUAAGCAGAAGAAAGCCAGCAUCAUGUUCAUUGAUGACCCAAAGAUUCACAAAAAAGGGUUUACUGUGUCCCUGAAAACUCUGAAGCCUUUUGACUGUGAAGAAGCCAAUGAGCUACGGUUUAAAGCCAAAGAGAAGUAUGAUGCUGCAAUUGAGUGGUCCUUGGAGCUCAUAACAGACUACAGAAUACGGAUAGCCUGUGGCUCAUUUUGUGGCUCCUUCAUCGAGUACUUUGCUCAUGACAUGAGCUAUCCAGUAAGGAGAAAGUACCCGCAAGCAGCCUCCGAGAGACUAACCAUCGCCAGUGAUGCAACGAUGGAGGCGCUGUGUGACGAUCAUAAGGAGGACCGCUUUAGUGAACAGCGUGAGGUGGUCAGCAGGAGUUCAAAGAGGCUGCUGCCAGACCGGAGUCAUGCCGCCCACAACCGUGCUAAUGAGAAGCUCGUACAUUUCAUCGUAAAGCAGCGCAUGGUGGAAAGACGCCUUCUGUCUGUGAUCCGUGGGGAGCAGCAGUCCAGAUGGCUUCGCUCCUUUCUGAGUGCCAAUCGUAGACGAGUGGUGAACGUGUACCUGGAAGAUGACCAGCAGUUGGACCAGGUCUACUUGUACCUGAAUGAGCUCUACGCAACUGCCGGGGUCACCGCCCCUUUACUGGCGGAGAUGAAAUCCAUGCAGCGUGUCCCCUUUGUCCUGGAUGUGCUUCUUCCUGAGGCCAUCAUCUAUGCCAUAGCUGGGGUGGACAAUGUCACAGUAAAAAAGGCAGAAGAAAAGUACCUGAAAGGACGAUGCAUAAGUAACAGAGAAAGGCAGGAGUUUGACUUGAUGAUUGAGCGGCAGAUGAAGAAAAAAUCAAAGCUUCAGAAUACUUCACUUGCGCUAUUCUCUGACCCCAUCAGUUAGCCGACUGAGUAUUGUAAAACAGGAAACCUAUUUUUUUUCAGAUUUUUUUUUUUUUUUUUUUUCAAAGGCAAUUAAGCAGUUUUUGUGUGCCUUAUAAUCAAUGAUGAAUCAUAUUGCAUUAAUCCAACUCUCCUUUUAAGUUGCAAUAGUGUAAAUUGCUGAAAAGCUGUUCAAAGGGGGGACUCUGGUGUUAAAACGUCGACAGUAAUAAUGAUAACACAUGUUAGACAAUCUGAUCCCCUAACUUUUAACAAUUAUGUAACUGUUUACUGAAAAUAUAUACACUGCCAGAUCCGUCACAGAGCUUUUCUUGUACAUUAAUGUACAAGAAACAUGAAUUGCUGUCUGUAUAUGCUUGUGUGCUUUUUUUUUUUUUUUUUAAAUAAACCAUUUUGUCCCAGA